CCUUAGCAAAGCAAGAUGGCGGCCGUCGUAGAGAGAGUUGAUGGAUGUGUUGGGUCCUUGGACUCGGACUCGGUGUCACCGAGACAGUCGAGCCCUGGCCCGGACCAGCCGCACCAGAACAACCCGCUGCUAGGACUGCCCAUUGUGGCCAUUGAGGCUAUUCUCAAUUUCAUGUCUUACGAUGAAAUCAGCCUGCUGCGCUCGGUUUGUAAGCGCAUGGAUAUGAUAUGCCAGCGGGUCCUGAAUCAGGGCUUCCUGAAGGUGGAGCGGUACCACAGUCUGUGCCAGAGGCAAGUCAAGGCCCAGCUGCCCAGGCGAGAGUCGGAGAGGAGAAAUCAUUCACUGGCCCGUCACGCUGACAUCCUGGCUGCUGUGGAGACACGCCUCUCUCUGCUCAACAUGACCUUCAUGAAAUAUGUCGACUCCAACCUCUGCUGCUUCAUCCCUGGAAAGGUGAUAGAUGAGAUUUACCGUGUGCUGCGAUACGUCAACUCCACUCGAGCCCCCCAGCGAGCUCAUGAAGUCCUGCAGGAGUUGAGGGAUAUCUCCUCCAUGGCCAUGGAGUACUUUGAUGAGAAGAUCGUCCCAAUCCUGAAGAAGAAGCUGCCAGGGGCCGACCUAUCUGGACGCCUCAUUGGCUCUACACCAGUGGCAGGUCCAUCUACCUCCCUCACCACCAUGUCCCUGCUGGCCAAGAACACGCCGUCGCGCUCCGAGAUGUCCAAGGUUCAGCAGCAAGUGAAGGUGAAUGGGGCGUCAAUGACAGUGCUGCGAAGGGAGAUGCAGGAAAUCCGUGUGAAGCAGCUGGAGCAGCAGAAGCAGCUGCAGGACCAGGAGCAGAAGCUGCUGGAACAGACCCAGGUGAUCGGGGAGCAGAACGCCCGCCUCGCUGACCUGGAACACAAGCUGCGUGAACUGAUGGACAGUAGUGCAGCUGCUAUGGGAGGACCCAGGCCCAGCACAGCUGUCCCUUCCACAUCCAGCAGCGCUGCAGUCUCUUCCACUGUCGCCAGCACAUCUGCUACCGUGUUGGCAAGUGGCAGCAUGGCCGCAGCGUGUCUAUCCAGAGAAGAGCCAGAGAGCGAGGCAGGGUCGUCACUGAAACGCACUAGAAAGAGCUCAGACCUUCCACGACAGUCCAAAAGGCUGCGCAGCAAGAAAUAAGAGACUCUGUGUGUCUUUAAGUUUUGUUUUUGGUUUCAAGGUCUGACUGAUCACACUUUCUGCCCAAUCCCCCACGUCACUGCCCACCUACCAAAACUCAUCACCAGGACUGUCUGUGAGAUGAGUCAGCAGUAUCCUGUACACUUCACCACUGUUCUCUGCGACCCCCCCAACCAAUCGGAGUAUUGGCAGGUGGUCGGCCCUUUCAGCUAAUACUAUUUAUUGAAGGUUACAUUAAAAUUACUGUAUAGCUUUUUAUUGUAGAUGCUUUUCUAAGAUGCUUAUGUUUGCAAGAAAUCGGUAUGGCUGAACAGAAAUUCAGAUAUUUGCUUAAUUUGGUCAGCAUUAGUUGAAUUGAACUUGUUGACGCACUUCCCGUUUCUGAAACUAAAUCUACCAAGAGAUUGUAUUUCAGUUCUAAUAAUUCUAACCUAAAUAAUACACCUCCGCAAGUUGCAUGUUUGGGAUAAUCAGUGAUCCUUUUUGUCAUUUUUACAUGGGGAAGAAGGCUAAAUCCAUAAGUAUUAAUUUCAGUCACACUUGCUUCUUCCUAACAUUGGCAAUCAUAAUCAUCAAAAAAAAUGAGAAGUAAUUAAUAUAUUUUGCUGGGAGCAUGGUUGGUCUGUCUGCUCAGAUCACUUUGAUCUGAUCACUUUGAAUCACCAUGGAAAGGAAAGGAAAAGAAGUAAGGAGUCUGUGUUUAGGUGUUGAGUUCAAGUGUCACCUGUAAUCCUCUACUGCAGACAGUUGUAGUGCUGGUGUUUAUGACACUCUGUUACUGUAUGAGGACAAAGAAAGUUUCUUUGUCCUCAUACAGUAACGUGGUUGAAGCUUCAACCACGUACCCCAACAUUUUGUAAAAUAUUAUUUUGUCAAGUGGUAAAUAGUUUGACAAAUUAAUUUCAGCCAAAAGUUCCUUGCUAGCUCUUCCAACACAUUCAACCACAUCUCAUCAUCUUCAUCUGCACGACAUGACAGUGGAGCAAACUCGCCUGCUAAUGAGGAUCUUGAGAUGUUGUUAAAAGCCUUUGAAAAGCAGUAAGUUUGAAGACUGCAAGACAUGGUUGAAAGCUCUGGCAAAAUGACCUUGAUUUAUAUAUAUUUUUUCAUUAAAUGUCUAUUUCUCAAGAUCCGCUUCCUAGCUAAUCUUAAGCAUAUUUUCUUCUUUAACACACACUGGACUCCCGCUGUUACUAUUUAACAGCCUAUAAAUUUGUUGUUAAUCAGUGGAAACAGAAAAACAUGUUUAUGGUUCUUAAAAGGCAACGUAGAAAUAAUGUAACAUUGAAAACACUUAACUAUAUGAAAUGGCAUUUUGAGUGUUUGCUCAUCCAAAUAAGACAGUUUCCUACUUCCUUUAUAGUGACAUGCACAUUUAGUUUUUCUUCUCCAUGUUUAGAUCUCCAUCUGACUGACUUCUCUCUCCACCCAAAAGCAAAUUAAAUUAGGGAAAUAAAUGGAUGUACUCUAUCGGCAUGGAUAGUGAUGAUAGAGAUAAGUGGGAAAAUACAUUUGUGACCCUAAAAGUGGUGUCACUUUUUUCUAUUAAAUGUUGUCACAUCAACCUUAACAUCGGAGUUUAAUAUCAGCCAGUUGCAGUUAGUGAAAGGGAACGAUCAGAACUUCAGGCUGCAGUUAGCAGUGACAGUAGAGGGGUGCUAGGUGACAUGUUCUACAUUUAUGCUCAACAGAAUAAGAGAAGUUCCCCUGGGUGGUACUCUUCCCCUGUACAAACUGGCCUCUUGCCUUGUGAGGCUGGGUUAGCUCUGAGCCCAUAUUGUGGCUGCACUUUUUCUUUGUUUAAACUCUUCUGUGGAUGACCUGAACCACUCAUGGCAUGAACUUUUGGUUGAAAAAACAUUGGAGAUGCAGUUCACAUCAUGGUGAACACAAGCCUGUAUUAUAAUGACAUUCGGCAGAAAAACACAAGAUGUAAUCUAGUGGCUUAAUUUGAGACUGCGUCUCAGUUUAGGAAAUUGUACUGUAAUCUUCAUGUACUUUAAAGUGUAGAUUGUGAAUUAUUUCAUGUAUGUAUACCAAGAAAACUAUCUUUUGAGUUGGCCAACUUGGGGCUAACUGUAUGGUUUUGUUGAACACAUUGCUGUUACAAAUGUACAAAUCAAACCUAUUAAAAACUCACCUUAUUCACAUA